ACAAUGGACUCUCCACUAAGCAGCACACCGCGGCGGCCGCGCGACCGCUCUUAACUCUAUAUAUUAUAUACAUCAUAUAUCCACUCAAUCAAACGCUUUCCAAACUUAGCCGCGAACACUAGCAACAUAUUUAAAAGAUAAAAGUGUCUGUGAUAAUUAUUUUUAAUCCGUAAAUCCGCUGUUAAUUGUGUCGAGUGAAAAUGCAAGUGAAUGGUGUUUGAGCGGUUGCUGAUACUUCAAUUUUUACUUACUGACUUUGUACUAAUUAAGAUAUUAAAAACAAAAAAUAAUAAUGGAGGUCCAAUUCGGUUCUGAUGGAAUCCCUUUUGUGACGUGGGGCGACAAUAAAAUAAUGCUGGAGCUUACCCCGGUCGACGAUGGAUCUAGUAUAGAAAAAGCUAAGACAGAAUUAAGAGAAACUCCGGAAGUCGUAGAGAAUGCUUUGGUUGAGUUGCGGAAACUUUUGAAAAAAGAGACAUCGCUUUUUAUUCCGAUUGAGCGCGACGAUUUUCUAAUGAAGUUCCUCAGACCAUGCAAGUUCUACCCCGAAAGUGCUUUGAAAAAGAUUGAAGCAUACUACAAGUUCAGACAGCACUACGCAGAUUACUGUACAGAUUUACUCCCGUCAAACAUUCAGUCUCCGUUCCAACAUUCAAUCAUCUCGAUCUUGGCUCCGCGCGACCAGCACGGACGGAGGAUCAUCCUUGUGGAAUCUGGAGAGCGAUGGAACCCUCAGGAUGUGCCUCUGAAGGAAGUGUUCCGUGGCAUCCAGAUGGGGCUGGAGGGAGCCAUGGCCGAGCCACAGACCCAGAUCUGCGGCGUCAUCAGCGUGUUUGACAUGAAGGGGCUCUCCUUCAAACACAUCAUGCAGUUCACACCGUCUUACGCGAAAAUGGUGCUCGAAUGGAUACAGGAAUGCGUGCCGAUCCGCGUCAAGGCGGUCCACAUAAUUAACCAGCCGUACAUCUUCAACAUGCUGUUCGCGAUCUUCAAACCUUUCAUGAGGGAGAAGUUGAGAUCCCGCAUACACUUCCACGGGAGCAACAUGAACUCUUUAAUGGAGCAUGUGGAUCCUAAAGCGCUGAGGAAACGACACGGCGGGCUCCUGCCUGAACCGGAGAUCACGGGCGAAGUGCUGUGGAAGAUGCUGCGCCAUUACGAGGAGGAAUAUAAAUUGGCGAACUCCUACGGCUACAUCAAGAACGUGAACAAUAACAGUAAGAUUGCCAAGGCUCAUUGAAAGUACAAAACUGGAACUUUGGAACUCAACGCUCAACUUUAAGAUACUGAUGUAAUUUAGAUUAGUGCAUUUUUCUCUUAAGACAUAGUGUGAUACUUAGAUACUUUAAUACAUGGAAUUCAAUGAAUACAAAUGGACUUAGUUUUAAAUACAAAGGUACAAUGGGUCCGCGGAUGGUAUUAUAGAAUAAAAGACAGUAAUUAAUAAAAAAA